AUGGCGGGAUCGCGGCGAGGUGGCGACGAGGAGGCGUGCCGGGUCGGCCUCCUGGACGGGCACGGCGGCGCCAAGAAGGAUGACUGGCAGGUGGUCGCCGGUGGCGAGGAAUCCAGCAAGCUCGGGAGGCGGGUGUUGGAGGAGUCGAAGAAGCUGUGGGUGAUCGUGGCGCCGGCCAUGUUCAGCCGCAUCGUCACCUUCAGCAUGAACGUCAUCACGCAGGCCUUCGCCGGCCACCUCGGCGACCUCGAGCUCGCCGCCAUCUCCAUCGCCAACACCGUCGUCGUCGGCUUCAGCUUCGGCCUCAUGGUACGCAAUGGCGAGCGCGCUGGAGACGCUGUGCGGGCAGGCGUUCGGCGCCAAGAAGUUUCACAUGAUGGGCGUCUACAUGCAGCGCUCCUGGAUCGUGCUGCUCGGCUGCGCGGUGCUGCUCCUCCCCAUGUACUUCUUCGCCGAGGACGUGCUGCUGCUCACGGGGCAGUCGCCGGAGCUGUCGGCCAUGGCCGGCAGGGUCUCCGUCUGGUUCAUCCCGCUCCACUUCUCCUUCGCCCUCCUCUUCCCGCUGCAGCGCUUCCUGCAGUGCCAGAUGAAGAACUUCGUCAGCGCCGCCGCCUCCGGGGUGGCGCUCUGCGUCCACCUCCUCGUCAGCUGGCUCUUCAUCACCAGGUUUCAGUUCGGGCUCGUCGGCAUCGCGCUGACGCUCAACUUCUCCUGGUGGGCCACCUUCGCCAUGCUCUUCGGCUACGUCGCCUGCGGCGGCUGCCCGGACACGUGGCACGGCUUCUCCGUCGAGGCGUUCGCCGACAUUUGGGAGUUCGUCAAGCUCUCCGCCGCGUCAGGCGUCAUGCUAUGCUUGGAGAACUGGUACUACAGGGUACUCAUCUUGCUGACAGGGAACCUGAAGGACGCGGCUAUUGCGGUGGAUGCGCUCUCCAUCUGAACGCAUGGGAGAUGAUGAUUCCGUUGGCGUUCUUCGCGGGCACUGGAGUGCGGGUGGCGAACGAGCUGGGCGCCGGGAACGGGAAGGGGGCUCGGUUCGCGACGAUCGUGUCGUCCUUGACCUCGCUGGUUAUCGGGCUCUUCUUCUGGGUGCUCAUCAUGGGCCUCCACGACAAGCUGGCGCUCAUCUUCACCUCCAGCGCCGUCGUGCUGGACGCCGUCAACAACCUCGCCAUCCUGCUGGCCUUCACCAUCCUGCUCAACAGCAUCCAGCCCGUGCUCUCAGGUGUGGCUGUUGGGUCUGGCUGGCAAUCCGCGGUGGCCUACGUCAACAUCGGCAGCUACUACCUCAUCGGCGUCCCCAUGGGUGUCCUCCUCGGGUGGCUCUUCAACCUUGGCGUCCUGGGAAUCUGGGCGGGGAUGAUCGGCGGAACCGCCGUCCAGACGAUGAUCCUGGCCAUCAUGACCGUUCGCUGCGACUGGGAAAAGGAGGCCAUGGUCGCGAGCACACGGAUGGACAAGUGGUCCGAGGUCCGGUGA